AUGAUAGCGGCCAGGGUUCCGGCUGUGCUCGCACAAGACUAUGAUGUAACAGACAUUCAGUGCUCGUUCUCGAGCGCCGGCUCAGGCGUCCGCGACUCCGUGUCAGCCCUUCUGAGAAAGCCGGAAGGCUUCCGCGGCGCCCCUCUAUUCGCCGACGACCGGACAACUGACCCCAUUGCAGACCCCGUCUGCCAAAUACGACCUGAGCCUGAAGAUCCUACCGGUUUAUUAUACAGAUUACGGAUCAACGAUUUCACAAAAUGUGGAGUUUUAAAGAGAAAUGGUUUUGUGCAUGUUCGCAUCUGGUUCCCGCAAUUCCCGGGUGUGGUGAUGCAGUCCGAUCAGGAGCUGAUUAUCAUGUGCAAGCCGCCAGAACCCACUAUCAUCGAGAACAAAGCAGCAGGUUUUGCCGGUAGCUUUCCGCAUGGCGCUCGAGUCUCUGGGGUGGUCGAGGAAACACCAGGCCGUCUCGAAUACGAAGUAGCGCUGUACAAAGAAGCGCCACCAUUAUCUAGACAUUCCAACCAUUCCGCAGACAUGCCUGUUGACCAGGCUGUUCCAAUUGGUACAAAACUUCAACUUCGAGCACGUAUAAACCCUGACUCGGCUUGGCGGCACAUCAAACUUUUAGAAGUAGCUGUUUCUCCUGACCCUGAUCGUCCACAUGCGCCAGGAGCGGUAUUGCUGGUCAAAGACGGUUGUCGAAACAGAGAUUUCGCUUCGAUCAUCCCACAUCAACCGGCACGCUACCGUGAGCGUCACAACGAAGUGUUCUUAGAUUUCGAAGCGUUCCUGCUGGCCUCUAUGAAGGAGCGAUCAACUCUCUGGAUACACUCACAGAUAAAGGCUUGUAUGGAUGCCGCAGAUUGUCAGCCGGACUAUUGCCUUGAUCUGUUCGAACCCUCAGGCCAUGGACGUCGGAAGAGAUCGUUACCUGAAGCGAGUCACUCUCACAAUCUAACAAGCUCUUCGCUCGUCGCGGACAAUGGUUCGACGCCGUUCACGAGGUUCAAGGAGAACCUCGAGUAUACGGUGGUGAUGCCCGGGGAGCUGUUUCACAGGACGCCGUUAGAAGCAACCUGUGCGACGUCCAUGAUGGUGGCAGUUGCGCUGGGAGCCUUAUUAUUUAUGUCUGCCUUAUUGAUGUGUUAUCUUGCAACAAAACUGAACUCGACGAUGUUGAAAAAUAACAACUUUCAUGGUGCAUCAGGAAAAGGAUUUGAACAAAUUUUAAGAGAAUUGGCGCAGCAUUCAAAUUCUGAAAAUGGCUAUACAGGUCGACCCACCGUUCAGUAA